AUGCGUGGAACUGCGUUUGGAUUAUUGUCCCUCAAUUUGGUCUCUGCCGUAAAGUUCAUCGCGCAGGUUAGCGACACUGCGGUUGUGCAUGAAAUACUGGGUCAGCAAUACGAAAAAAUGGACGAUAAUAAUGGUAUCGGAGCCAUCAGGCUUAGCAAAUCAUUUCAGGCUAUCUAUGGUGACUUCCCGGACCAUACUCUUGAAAGCAUGUACUAUGACGGGCGCAUUAUUGCCAUGUCUAUGGAUAGAACACUGACCCCUGCCGAAUAUGUGGUUCAAGCGAAGGCGCCUUCCCAUUUAGCGCGAUUGUCGCAAAAGGCGCCUUUACGAAAGACGGACAAAGCGUACAUAUAUCACUCGAACGCCGGGAUUGGUGUUGAUGUUUAUCUUCUAGACACAGGUAUCGACGCUCAAAACCCGGCUUUCGAAGAUCGGGUACAAAAGGUGGCGGAUUAUGCAUAUGGCCCCGCCACGGCGGGUGACCCACAUGGCCACGGAACUGCUGUAGCAGGUGUAAUUGGAUCUUCAGAGUUUGGCGUGGCCAAAAAAUGUAACCUCUUUGAUGUCAGAAUAGCUAAUGCGGAUGGAAAUGCAGGCUUGGUUGGUGUUAUUAGAGCACUGGAACAUGUCACAAAGCUAGCAACAAUCACUAACAGGCCAUCGCUAGUGGUGAUACCAUACACAAUGGCUAAGAAUGUGAUUCUCAACGCUGCUGUAGAAGCAGUUGUAAGAGACUUAUCGAUCCCCGUGAUUGUUGCUGGUGGAAAUAACAACCAGAGCGCCUGUACCGUGAGCCCCGCGAGUGCUUACGGAGCAUUAUCAAUCGGGGCUAUCGACGUUACUAAAAAUGAUGAGACAGCUCCGUUUACGAACUACGGAGAAUGCAUUGACGUUUUUGCAGCUGGUGUGGAUGUUUCUACUAUAGGAUUAGAUAGUUCACUGGAGACCAAAAAAAGUGGAACGUCUGUGAGCGCUGGAAUAGCCUCUGGUCUGGUGGCUUAUUUCAUGAGUCUUGGAUUCCACGGAAUGGACGCCGUGAAUAGGGUCAAAACGCUGAGUGCCUCUAAUGUUAUUCCUAAAUUGGCUCAAAAGUGUCCUUCCACUAGGAACGCCAUUUUACAGAAUCUAUAA